AUGAUAGUGCUGCAUGACUACCCAUUGAGUAUCGUCGACCAUGCUGGAUUUAGGAGGUUUGUUCAUGCAUUGCAGCCACUCUUCAAGAUGCAUACAAGGAAUACUAUCAGGAAGGAUAUAAUAGGUCGGUAUGACAAGGAAAAAUUAAAGGCAAUCGAGUACAUGAGUAUGCUGCAAUCAAGGGUGGCUGUCACCACUGAUAUGUGGACAGCUGACAACCAAAAGAAGGGCUACAUGGCUGUUACAGGCCAUUUCAUUGAUGAAUCAUGGAAGCUGCGAAGCAUUCUUAUGGGGUUUAUAUAUGUGCCGGCACCGCAUACCGGAGAUGUUAUAGCCGAAGAGCUCCAUGAAACCUUGAUGCAAUGGAACUUGGAUGAGAAACUAUUGACUGUGACAGUUGACAACUGCACUUCAAAUGACAAGGCGGUUGACCUUAUGAUCUCCAAGAUAGGGAAGUCCAAGCCGCUCUUACAAGCACAACAAAAGCCUGCAGCAGCUAGACUUCAAGGUGAGAUAGAGCAUUACUUGUCUGAUGACGUGGUGCCAUAUACUGAAACGUUCAAUGUGUUGGAUUGGUGGAAAGUGGCUGGCACAAGGUACCCUACACUAAGAAAGGUGGCAAAAGAUAUUUUUGCUAUUCCAAUCACCAGUGUUGCUUCAGAAUCUGCAUUUAGCACAAGUGGCAGAAUAGUGAAUGAACAUAGGAGCCGCCUCACUUCUCACAUGCUUGAGAUGCUCAUUUGGGUGAACAAAGCUUCUGGUCUUGUCUUCAAGACAUACAAGAAGAGGAUUCAGAGAUAA